UUUUGUACACCAAAACUCUCACUCAAAUCUGCCUAUUCUAUUCCUUUUAGCUUCUUCAUGGCUUUCCUCUUUCUCCCAUUUCUUUUCAUCUUCUUUGUCCCCUCAACCAAUGCAGGUUAUUGGCCACCCUCCCCAGGUUAUUACCCGAGUUCUAAGUUCAGGUCCAUGAGCUUUUAUCAGGGUUACAGAAACCUAUGGGGUCCGGGUCAUCAGAAUAUAGACAAUAAUGGCAUUACUAUUUGGCUUGAUAGAAUCUCAGGAAGUGGGUUCAAGUCGGUUAAACCAUUUCGAUCCGGGUACUUUGGAGCCUCCAUCAAGCUCCAAACGGGCUAUACUGCUGGAGUAAUUACGGCUUUCUAUCUUUCGAACAGCGAAGCUCAUCCAGGAUAUCACGAUGAGGUAGAUAUUGAGUUUCUCGGGACAACAUUUGGGAAACCUUAUACUUUGCAAACCAAUGUGUAUAUCCGAGGAAGUGGGGAUGGUAAAAUUGUUGGGAGAGAGAUGAAAUUUCACUUAUGGUUCGAUCCCACCAAAAAUUUCCAUCAUUAUGCCAUUUUGUGGAGUCCCAAGGAAAUCAUAUUCUUUGUCGAUGAUGUACCUCUAAGAAGGUAUCCAAGAAAAAGUGUAGCAACAUUUCCCUUAAGACCAAUGUGGGUGUAUGGGUCAAUAUGGGAUGCUUCAUCAUGGGCAACUGAAAAUGGAAAAUAUAAAGCUGAUUAUAGCUACCAACCGUUCAUCGGAAAAUUCACUAACUUCAAAGCAAGUGGCUGCACAGCCUAUGCGUCGCCCCGGUGCCGCCCAGUCUCCGCCUCUCCCUUUCACUCUGGUGGCCUUACCAGACAACAAUACAAGGCAAUGAAAUGGGUGCAAAGACACCACUUGGUAUAUAACUAUUGCAAGGACUAUAAAAGAGAUCAUUCUCUAACACCAGAAUGCUGGCACUAAUUCAAGAAUAAUUUGAUCCACGCACAUUUAUGUAUCGUCAUUCUAUCUUGAUUUUACUUGUGCUUCUAUUUGGGAGGGGUUUUUCUUGAAAUGGGCCCCUCUUGCCAAUACGAGGCCACCAAAAACGGAAAAAAAUAAAAUAAUAAAAAAAUUGCAGUUUUUUGUGAUACUUAUGUGUACGUUAGUUAAAUAGACUAUACAAAGUGUGAGAGAGAAUUCAAUAAGGGGGAAGAGAUUAGGGA